ACCAAACGCACAGGCACACGCGCGCGCGCGCGUAAGCACACACUCACAAAGCGGGGAGGGUAACGUGAAUGACCUUGCAAAGGUAUCUUGCCCACUGGGGACAGGAUUAGCAAACCUGAAACCUCUGCAAAUAUUUGUCUUCCUCCCGUAUUCCUCCUGAAGCGGUUCGCUCCUCUCGCUGUCUCUCCCAGACCCCUCUCGUUUUCACUCCGCCAUACAAAGCCCAACCCGCCCAUCUCCUCUCUGCAAGCCCAGAGAACUUGAUUCCCCAUGUUGAAACUCGUCGGUGGCGGUGGCGGGCAGGACUGGGCAUGCUCAGUGGCGGGGACCAGUCUGGGAGGCGAGGAAGCCGCGUUUGAAGUCGCGCGGCCCGGGGAUCGGGGGAAGGCGGGCGGCGGGAGCCCCGGCUGGGGGUGCGCGGGGAUCCCCGAUUCCGAGCCCUGGGCUGGCGUGCUCCAGGCCGGCGUCGUGGGGCCGGCGCGCGGGGGGCAGGGCGCGGAGGAGGUGGGGGAGUCGGCAGGAGGAGGGGAGGAGCACCGGGUUCGCCAUCCCCAGGCGCCGGCUCUGCGGCUGUUGAAUCGGAAGCCGCAGGGAGGAUCCGGGGAAAUAAAGACGCCCGAGAAUGACCUCCAGCGAGGCCGCCUGAGCCGGGGCCCGCGCGCAGCCCCGCCAGCACCCGGCAUGGGCGACCGCGGCGGGCAGCCGGAGCGCUCGGCCCCGCACUCCCCUGGGGCCCCCGUGGGCACCAGCGCCGCCGCUGUGAACGGGCUGCUGCACAACGGCUUCCAUCCGCCGCCAGUCCAGCCGCCGCUCGUCUGCAGCCGGGGUCCCGUGGGCGGCAACGACGCAGUGCCCCAGCGCCUCCCGCUCCUACCGGAGCUCCAGCCGCAGCCACUGCUCCCUCAGCAUGAUUCCCCGGCCAAGAAAUGCCGGCUGCGGAGGAGGAUGGACUCGGGGAGAAAGAACAGGCCGCCAUUCCCAUGGUUUGGCAUGGACAUCGGUGGAACGCUGGUUAAAUUGGUCUACUUCGAACCGAAGGAUAUUACAGCCGAAGAGGAGCAAGAGGAAGUAGAGAACCUGAAGAGCAUCCGGAAGUAUUUGACUUCUAAUACUGCUUAUGGGAAAACUGGGAUCCGAGACGUCCACCUGGAACUGAAAAACCUGACCAUGUGUGGACGCAAAGGGAACCUGCACUUCAUCCGCUUUCCCAGCUGUGCUAUGCACAGGUUCAUUCAGAUGGGCAGCGAGAAAAACUUCUCUAGCCUUCACACCACCCUGUGUGCUACAGGAGGUGGAGCUUUCAAGUUUGAAGAGGACUUCAGAAUGAUUGCUGACCUGCAGCUGCAUAAACUGGAUGAACUGGACUGUCUGAUUCAGGGCCUGCUUUAUGUCGACUCUGUUGGCUUCAACGGCAAGCCAGAAUGUUACUAUUUUGAAAAUCCCACAAAUCCUGAAUUGUGUCAAAAAAAGCCGUACUGCCUUGAUAACCCAUACCCUAUGUUGCUGGUUAACAUGGGCUCAGGUGUCAGCAUUCUAGCUGUGUACUCCAAGGACAACUAUAAAAGAGUUACAGGGACCAGUCUUGGAGGUGGAACAUUCCUAGGCCUAUGUUGCUUGCUGACUGGUUGUGAGACCUUUGAAGAAGCUCUGGAAAUGGCAGCUAAAGGCGACAGCACCAAUGUUGAUAAGCUGGUGAAGGACAUUUACGGAGGAGACUAUGAACGAUUUGGCCUUCAAGGAUCUGCUGUAGCAUCAAGCUUUGGCAACAUGAUGAGUAAAGAAAAGCGAGAUUCCAUCAGCAAGGAAGACCUCGCCCGGGCCACAUUGGUCACCAUCACCAACAACAUUGGCUCCAUUGCUCGGAUGUGUGCGUUGAAUGAGAAUAUAGACAGAGUUGUGUUUGUUGGAAAUUUUCUCAGAAUCAAUAUGGUCUCCAUGAAGCUGCUAGCAUAUGCCAUGGAUUUUUGGUCCAAAGGACAACUAAAAGCUCUAUUUUUGGAACAUGAGGGUUAUUUUGGAGCCGUUGGGGCCCUGUUGGAACUGUUCAAAAUGACCGAUGACAAGUAGAGAUGAGCAGUGGAGGGAACAGCCUCCCCAAAGGACAGAGAACUAAAAAAUUGCUGCUGGAGAAGGUGAAAGUCGCUUUGGGACGGAAACCAAGCCAUUAUGGCAGAUGAACCUGCUGGAUUUGUAAAUAAUUUAAAAUCCUUCCAGAUGAUCUUUUACUCUUAGGUUUUGAGCUAAUGAUUCAAAACAGGGGAAUAUAAAAGGUUUUUUUUCUGUAUACUGUAUUUUUUUAAAAAAAUGGUGCAGCGUGGCCAAACCUACCAAUUGUAUGCAUUAACUUUGAAAAGUUGUUUGAUGUUUAAGAAGGACCUGAUAUGUAAGCGCUGUUCAUUUUUCUUCUGGGGUUUACUGAUCAGUGUGGUGAUUUUAACUUCAUUUAGUAAUUACUCUAGGAGAUUUUACCGUGACUCAUAUUUUUCAUGACGUUUCAUGAUUUGCUGUUGGUUUCAAAUGAAACUACAAAUCUGGCAUGUUUUACUGUGAACACUUUUGUUAUUUGUUUGUUUACCCUUUUUUGUCUUGUUUUUCUGUUUUAGUUGUCUUAUGAAAAAAGAGAGUCCUUCCCUCUGUUUCUGUCCUCGGAUGAUCUCCCUCCCCUACCUGUAAACUUUCUUUGACAUAAUUGUUCAUAUCAAUGAAGGUGCUGACCAGCUCAAUACAAAGUUAAGCACAAGAUCUAAAGCUCUUGAAAAUGCCCGUGAAGAGAAGACUGAAUGUUAAUGAAUUUAAUGAGUCUGGCAAGUUUGUCUUAUCCCUUAUAAAUGUAGUGUUUCAUUGGAUUUAUUUUAUGCUAGGUGAUAUUAAGUUGAAAUAGUCUAUGAUGAAAUGUCCUCAUCCAUGCACAGAAUAUGAAUGGCAGCAAAUCUUUGGGCAAGAAGUUUGGAACUUAUUGGGAAAAGCCUCCCAGUAGAUUAAUUGUUCUUAUCAGGAGAUUUAGGGUAAGUCAUGGGUUGAGGUGUCAGAGAGUAAUAUCUGUUUGUUUUGUACAUGUAUAUAUCUAGGAAAUUUGUAACAAUACAUCUUUAAUAAUGUUAAAGUUUUUUUCAUUUUUAAUAUUUUAAACUAAAAACUGUACUUCAAUCUCAGUUUCUAAAAUUAAAAAUAAUUUAUACUGAUCUAUAUAUUUUUUCUUUUUGAAAGAUUUCAUUAAGACUGAUGGGUAACUUUCAAAUGAGGGUCACGUACAAAUAUCGGAAUGCGUGAGAUCCCAUGAUCUUGUGUAUUGAGCUUAUUGUUGAAAGGGAUUUUUGAAGGACAGAACAAUUACUCCAUGAAGAAUCUUCCUUUCUCUGCCUUCUGAGCACCAUCUUUAAUUUCCAUAUCUUCAAGUCUUGAAGAAGUUGAUGUUAAUUGAAGAACUCAUUUGUCUGGUUGAAAUAAAGCCUGUUUCUGUUGUGAUGUUUUUAGUGUAUAUGUUAUUUUCAUUUCUUAAUUCUCAUGUUUAUAGUAUCGGCUUUGUACCAUGAAAUGACUGUGUGUUGUGUUUUUGCUACUCUACAUUUCAAAAUCGGAGGCUUUCCCAUGAGUGUGGUAUGUUCCAAAACACUGUGUCUUCAGGUGAAGCUGUAGCCCUAUGCAUAGAUUUUUAAAAUAUAGCUUUAUUGUUUCUAUACAAGUGACUCCUUAAUGCCAACUAUCACUGCUAUAUUUGUUAAUUCCAAAGGAGUUUCAAAAUUUGGUCAUCACAAAUAUAUUUUAUUAACUUCUGUCUGGCUUUUAAAAAAUUCAGGCAGCUAAAGUGUUCUUGAAAAGGGUAAGUUAAAAAUCUACAUAUUAUUUAUAACUAGUGCCUUUUGAUGGCCUCUUCUACUAUUCCUAUUCUCAUAUAUCAGGUAACAGCAGACCUUGGUUCUACAGAUCAUGGUUCUACAAAGGAAAUCAGGGCAAGUUAGUGUGACUGUAUAUUUUUUUAAUUAUCUGAAAUCACUUGAUCUCUGAUUACAAACUUUUAAAACAUUGGUGUAGCUGAGAAAAUAUAUUAUUCCAUUAUACGAGUAUCAGUUAAAUGUUGACUACAUAUAGCCAGCCUGUUUUUUACAAAAGAGAACUUGUAGCCUGAGGAUUUUCACAUUUACUUGAAUUACAGAAACUUUUCUUAGACCCAACAUCACAAAGAAACUGGAAAGACUAAAGAAUUUUGACCUUGUGCAAUAUGAAAUAAGAGCAUGGCUUUUUAUCGUGAGGCAGCUUCAGUCUGGGUCCAGCUUAGUCAGUUACCAGUGCAAAGAUAUGCUAAGCCUCUUUCUAAACCAUAGUUUCCUCCCCUGUAAAAUGGGACAAAUAAUAGUUUUACAUACAUAUUUAAAGAGCUCAGCACAGGGGUUGACAUAAAGUAAAUGCUUCAUUAAUGUAAGCUACAAUGAAAAAAUAAAUUAUUUAAACUAAUGUAUUAAAUCAGUAAUUCUUAACCUUCUGGAUUGUGGGAAACCCAUGUUACUAUGGAGAUGUUUCACCAGUCUCCAUAUGCUAAUACAUAUCCACAGCUCCUUGUCCACACUUCCAAAAUCCCAUACUUAGGAAAUCUAUCUUGACAACUCACUUGACAGCAAACUCUGACUUGAGCAUUAUUUCUCACAUGUAGUAUGGCUCUUCACAUGUUUUGUUGCAAGGCUCUUCAUGGGUUAGAUAACAGGAUACUGACUCUGACAGGGGUGUUAAGUAAUAAAUGAUUCUGAAUUGGCUGGGUGUGGUGGCUCACGCCUAUAAUCCCAGCACUUUGGGAGGCCGAGGUGGGUGGAUCACGAGGUCAGGAGAUCGAGACCAUCCUGGCUAACAUGGUGAAACCCCAUCUCUACUGAAAAUACAAAAAAUUAGCCGGCUGUGGUGGUGGGCACCUGUAGUCCCAGCUACUUGGGAGGCUGAGGCAGGAGAAUGGCAUGAACCUGGGAGGCAGAGCUUGCAGUGAUCCAAGAUCACACCAAUGCACUCCUGCCUAGGAGACAGAGAGAGACUCUGUCUCAAAAAAUAAAAUAAUAAAUAAAUAAAUGAUUCUGAAUUUUGAAACACAUCUGGUCCUGAGUUUUAGAUAAAGGGAUUGUGGAAAUAUAGUUGUGUUCUUCACCUUAUGCAGUAUACAUGGAUUCAGAGUCUCUGUUGGGAACAAUUGUUACAGGUAACUUAUACUUGAUGUCCUUCAGUCAUAGAAGGAAUAUUAAGUUACUCUGUGCCAGAAAGGAACUGGAGACUAAGAGGCAUAGGAUACAAUCCCCGCAGAGAAAGACAGCAAAAUAUCAAGCCAACAUGAGUCAUCAGGUGCCACAAGUGCCAUUCAAUCAUUCGUUCAUUCACAUUCAUAGCAGUAAACAGAACAAAGAUCCACCAUCACAGAGCUUAUAUUCUAGAAGGGAAGACAGAUACAUUACUAAAUAUAUAAUGUUAGAUCAGUACUACAAAGAAAAAGUAAGCUAGUGUAAAGGCUAAAGAAGAGGUAGUUCUAUUCAGAAAAAUGAGAAAGGGAGGAAUUUCUCAGGGUGGACAAAGACAGCCUCUCCUAGGAAGUGACCUUUGAGCAGAGAGUUGAAUGGAGGUGAGAACACAUUGUGUAAAUGUCUGAGAAGAUAUUUUUCACUCCUGGCAAAUGAAAAUAGGGAUUUGAGGACCUGCAAAGAGGUCAGUGUCUGGAGUGAAAAAUAGAAAGUGAUGGGAGAUGCAGUGUUGGGAGUAACCUUGAGCCAGGUCCUAUGAGAAAUCUGCAAGUGAGGGUAGUGGCCUCCACCCAGAAGAGAGGCUGGUCAUUUGUCCUCCACAAGGUGCUAGAGAAGGUUUCAUGGAGUCUUAACCGAAGAAUAGGAACCACUAAGUGGAGAGGGAGUGCUUUCCAAGCAGAGAGAGCUGGGUGAGCAGAAGUGCUGACGGAAGAAACCCCUUGGCUUAUUCAGGGACUGGAAGCUCUUUGCUAUAGCUGGUUUCCCCAAUCUCCGUAUGCUGAUAUAUAUCCACAGCUCCUUGUCCACACUUCCAAAAUCCCAUACAUGAGAGAGAAACCAGGUAGUGAGAAAGUGAGAAAGAGGAAGCAGCCCAACUGUGGAAGGACUUGUUUUCCAUGCUAACAUUGUGGACUUUUCCAUAGUCACUGUGGAGCCAUCAAAGAGUUUCAGGGAAAGUGAAACUAGAAAUGAUCUGGCUUCAAAGCGGUAAAGCAAAAUGCCCUGUUGAAGUAAAUGAGUAAACAAGUUAUGUGCUUUUGAAUAACUAACAUUAUUCCAUUUUUUCCCUAUUGUGCCAGACCUCAUGCAGUAGCUGCAGAGUGAACGAUGCUUUCGCUGUAAGUAGGAUGGUGAUAAAAAUUCUUGAGAACUUUCUCAGAGAACACAGGCUACUAAUAGCUACAACCCCACUAUGAGUCUAUUCAGUGAGUAAGAAGGUUUCAAUACCAGGAGUAUCGUAGACUAUCACUCACAAGAAUUGUUAGAAAGCAGUUUUCCUCGCAGUGAUCAGAAGAUGACCCCACAUUUGUGAAAAAGAUUUCAUUAGUGUGCAUUGUUUACUAUGCCUACCAGCUGCCCAUUCUUUUGCUCAUCUGUUUAAUUUUUAAUAAAUAUCAAUGAUCUGAGAGGCAUUGGGUAGCACUGAGGAUGCAUUCCGAUGUGAACAAGACUGCAGGAGCUCUGCUUUCAUUAGGCUGACAUUUAGUUGGUAGAGAUAAACUUGAAGCAUAUAAACCAAGAAAUAAACAAGAAAAUAUCAGAGAGUGAUAAGUGCUAUGAAGGAAAGAAACAAGGUGAUAGGAUAGAGAGGGAGGAGAGAGACUUCCUCAGUCAGAUGGUCAUAAAAUGCAAGUAUGAUUAAGUCAUGGCCUCAGCUUUUAAGGAAUGAUGCGCUCACCUUGCUUUCAUUCUUGCCACCUCAAUGAAAAUGAAAGAUGUUUUUGGGAAACUGAUAGCUAAUUUUCUUUUUCUUAGAAUAUUUAAUUUAGGUAAUAUGUAUUUAAAAUAAAGUUAUCAUGUAAAAUAA